AAUGACAGUGACAGUGAUGGAAUGGAAGCAAAAAAAAAAUUGAUAUGAAAAAUGAUAAGAAGACCAAUGUUUAAAGUAUUGAUCCAAAAUAAAACCGCGCAAGGCAAAGAAAGUUAUAUUAUUAAAUAAACCCACAAUCUAGUUAAAAUGCAAUUAGUUUUUUAUAAGUGCGUUGUUGUUUUAAUUUUAUUUAAUGGGGUAUCAUAUUUAUCGGCAAGCGAUGGCGAUCGAUCCCCGUUUUAUCAGAAAUGUGUGAAGAAUUGUGUGAAAUCUGAUUGUACUGAAGAUGAGAAACAAUUUACUCCAACAGCGGAAAAAAAACUUAAAACUACCAACCCACUAUUUAUGUGGAACUGUUUGGCUGAAUGUCGGUAUAACUGUAUGUGGAGAACUGUGGAAGGAUUUCAGCAGCGGGGCUAUGAUGUACCAAAGUUUCACGGAAAGUGGCCAUUUAAAAGGAUCUAUGGGGUGCAAGAGCCAGGAUCCGCGUUUGCGUCUUUCCUGAACCUGGCGGCGCACGUCUUCAUGCACGUGGAGUUCACGCGGAAGUUCUCUAUAGAUGAUGAUGAUCCUAGAGUUUUUUUCUGGCAUUUCUUUGCCGCGGUGUGUAUGAACGCGUGGAUCUGGUCUUUAAUAUUCCACACGAGAGACAGCCCUUUCACAGAGUUCAUGGACUACGGGUGCGCGCUCUCUAUGGUCAUGAUCAUGUAUAUUGCAGCUGUGAUCAGGGUGUUCAGCAAGCGCUCGAAGCUGACAACGAGCAUCGUGGUACUGUCGGCGUUGGUGUACGCUCAGCACCUCUUCUACCUGUACUCCGCACGCGUAGACUACCACUACAACAUGAUGGUCAAUUUGUUCUUUGGUGUGUGUGGAUCCUUGAUAUGGUUGUGGUGGGGCGCGGGGCAGUGGUUGUCGGGGCGGCGGUACGCGUGGCGGCUGCUGGCCUUCGUGCUGCUGUCGGCGGUCGCGCUCAGCCUCGAGCUGCUCGACUUCCCGCCCUACUACCACAUCUGGGACGCACACGCGCUCUGGCAUCUCGCCACAGUACCGCUGCCAUUGCUGUUCUACAGGUUUGUGAUAGACGACCUGCAGUACACGCGGCGCAGCCAGGGCCCCAAGGAGGACCUCAAGUUGACAUAAGAUAUUUGUGAUCUCUUAAAUGUAACGUUGCUCGACUAGUCUUUUUAUUAUACUUACAU